CGUUAUUAGACAUGCGUUGGUUUGGCUUUGUAAACAUAACUCUUCAGAUAUUUCGCAAUUUUUUGGGCGCGUUCUAUUUAAACUAAGCGUUUGUAUGUUCUCGUGUUAGUUCAGUGGGAGUAAGACGCAACAAAUCAAGAUGUCAGGCCACAGUGGGGCAAAAAUUGCAUUGAUAAUUGUAGGCUUCUUGAUCUACUGCAUCACAGUGGUGCUUAAUUACUUAUCAACAGGUGAUAUUAUUCCAGGGUUAUUUAGAAACAGGACAGGGGAUAUAGCUGAUGCCUUCUAUGUUAGCGCCACACCAGCUGGCUGGACCUUUGCCGUCAUCUGGGCCACAAUCUACUUUUGGAACCUGGCCUGGUUUAUUUAUGCGCUAACCACCGUCUGCAGACGCGAUGACAAUGGUCACUACAUCUACCAACUGAAUAUUCUUUCACCCUUGUUCUUCAUAUCAUUUAUCAUCAACAAUUGUGCAGUUGUAGCCUGGCUGUUCUUAUGGGACCGUCAGUAUUUGAACUGGGCUCUUCUCGUUAUUGCCUUCACCCCCCUGACUCUGUACAUUUGCCUAUUCAUAUCGUUCAGACGGCUGUAUGGGAAACUGAAUUAUUUGUCAAAAGCUGGUGCCGUGAAAGACAUAUGGCUUAUACGAAUUUUCGUGCACAACGGUUUGGCCUUCUUUGCAACAUGGGUUUCGAUCGCUACCCUGUUGAAUUUUGCGAUUGUUCUGACAUAUUACUGGUCGGUUGAGAUGCAGGUGUCUGUGAGUAUUGCUCUGGGAAUCCUCAGCUGUCUAAUCAUUACUUGGUUUUUACUGGAUACAUUUGCAAUUGACAAGUUUGUUCGCUAUACUGUUACCCCAUAUAUUGUUGUUGUUGUUGCUUUGGUGGGCUCCGUUCAGAAAAACUUUGACCUUGAAGAUAACUACAGAAAUUCAAUGUUUCUGGCGGUUCUGUUAGCUGUGGCUGGUUUACUGUUGCUUCUGAAGCUGGUAAUCAUGUUCGUUCGGGCAUGCAGAAUACCCAUCAAUGGUAAUGUAGGGGAUGAUCUUAAAGGAACAUUGGCCUAAAUCUGAUCAUGGUUUACUGAAAGGUCUGAUGCAGAAUACAUGUAAUAUGAUUGGCGCACAUCGGCUUACAAUUUUUAGCAUAAAAGUUGUCAAUGUUCAUUCAACUCUCUUAGUAGCAAUACUUUGAUUUAACUUUGCAUUUUUGUUUUUUUAACAAUACUUAAGGUUUGUCAUGAAGAGCAUUAUGUAAUUUGUUCAUUUUCAUUAAUUCUUAAAGUAGUUAUGUUUGUGUUUUGGCUAGCUGAGUUACCAUGCAAAUUGAGUUUUUCUUUCCUUUAUUUCUACAGAUCUAGUUUAUGUUUCGUAUAAAAGUUAUUCUAGUAUUUUUAAUUAAAUCUAUCAUAUCGCAUAUUUCAUGUAUUAUAUGAUUUUUGUAUAAAUGAAAAGAAUGUCUGACCUGUGAUACUGUGAUAUCAUUGUAUAAGCUACACAAAUGGUUUAUAAUUAUUACCUAGUAAGUUAAUUUUUAUGUGUUAAAAAUGAAAAGACAAUACCGGUAUUUAAUAGUUUUGCCAUACAUGUAUUACAUGUUUUUAUGUUAAAGUGUUUCUAUCCCAAAGUUUCUAGUUGUAAAUAAUAAAAUGCAAGCUAUUCAUUUACAUUGGAUAAAUAUGUUUCUUUAAUAUUAGUGUAGAAAUAUCCUUUUACGUAUCCUUUUAGUUAAUGAAAAACAGUGUCUUUAUGUUGUCAAAUAUUUGCUCAUAUCAUCAUUAUAAUUAUUGUCUUAACUCUAGUUAUAUCAAUUUAUUACAUAAUAUUUUUCUUUUACUGUGUUUUAAUAGUGUAACCGGUAUUGUUUUAUUGCUUAAGUUCCUUACAACAUUCUUAUUUAUAUCACACAUUUUAAGAUCAUUAAUCCUUUAAUUAAUGCUUCAUAAUAUUAUCAAUACCUCUUAUUUUUUAUCAAUUUUAUGUACAUAUAUAUGUUUUGUACAACGCCAUUGAAUAUAAUUAUAUAAAUAGGCGUUUCAUCAAAUUAGCAAGUUUCAAGUUUAUUAACAUAAUAUUUUAUAUUUGUAUUAAAAAAACAGUUUUGGAUUUUCAAUAGAGGGGCAUUUGUAACAAAGAAUACAUCAUACAAUUUUUGUUAUGUUCUGUGUCUCCGUUAUCUGGUAUAAGUCAAGGAUAUACAUAACUGAGAUAAAGUUUGUUUUAUUUGUUUGUUUUUUCACUCUAUUUCUUCUCCAUAUUCAUUGACAAAAUAUUGUUUGACUUGUUAUUUAUCGACACAUGCUUUUACAAUUUUGAUCAUUAUUCACUUCAUUGUGUUUAUGGUAGAAAAAGAUUGUGAUGAUGGUUAAUAUCUAUAUCAGUUGUGAUAUUUACCGCUCGAUUACAAACACUUCUUUUAUUUGGGGGAACUUGAUAAAAAAAUAAUUUAGUUCUUAUAAUGUGUCAGUAGGUUCAUUUAAAGUUGUAUUUAGAUAGAUAAAUUUAUUUCAGUAUAUAAAAUACAUAUGGCAUGGUACACAACAUAAUUAAAAUUUCUACAUAUCAUGAAAUACAAAUGCUAAAAAGCAAUUUGAAAUCCAUCAUUUUGUAAAAAUAUACAUAAUUAUUGCUUCUUUUUAUAUCAUUUGGUAAACAUGUAUUAUUGUUGCAUCAAAUGAUAAGUACUAUCAUAGUGUACCAGGGCAUGUACUCGUAUACCCAGGAUAGCACAAAAAAGGGAAAUUAUAUUAACUUUUCAGUCUUCUAAUUUUAUUCAUGGAAAUUGUAUGCAUUGUUAUGUUCCUUUUUAAAUGUUAUAUAUUACUCACCUCAUUAUGAUGAAUUGUAUUGGAAUGCUUGGAAUGUUUCUGUUUCAGACAUAUUACUUAAUUGUUCACAGUUUUAGUUGUUAUUUUGAUAUGCAUGAAAUGGAUGGCAACAGACACUGCAAAGAUGUGAACGCAAUCCCUGCAAGAAAUUCACAAUUUUGCAAAAGCCAAUCAAUAUGCAGAGAAUUAACUAGAAGUAUUAGAUACAAAUCACAAUUUAUAGGUUAAAACAAUGAAAGUAAAAUUUAUUCAAAUUUUAAAAGAAUGAAGUUGUCUAUAUCAAUACAAAAACAUUAAUGUUUUUUACAAGACAUUGGUUUUUCUGAGGCCAUCCUGCUAAAAUGUAUUACAGUAUAUAUAGAACAAGUUAAAUAUGUGUUUCUUGACUCCCCAUAUCGAAUGCUGGUUGGGUUAUUUGGAUGUAUAAUUUUCUUUAGAUCUUCGCAUUAAAUCCAUAUUUGUUAGUGCCUUACUUUUUGAAGUCUUGUGUGAUUGUUGCCUUAAUUUAGAUCUCUUUAUUGUUCAGAAUCCAUGUUUACGUUUAAAUGACAUUGUUCUGUAACUGGGCAUUUUGAUUGUGUAUGAUAUUAUAACAAGGUACCUUCCGUAUUUGUUUACUUCAUUUAGUCUUCUGAUCUGAUAACAAUAUUGAGUGUUUUUGUAAACAUGUUUAUUUAGCAUUAAAUGUAUUCAAGUAUAUAA